AUGCUGGGAUACAUAGCCGCUUUACUCUAUAAUCCAAAUAAUUGCUCCCCGGAAGCCAGUCCAGUCACGAGCUGCCUCGAGUUUCUUGUCGGUAAACAGCUCUGUGCCAUGGUUGGAUAUGAAGUCCGGUCGUCAAUUGAAGAACCCGAUCGGGAUGAAAUUGUGGGCUGGGGACAUCUAACCUCAGGCGGUACAGUCGCCAAUCUAGAAUCUAUGUGGGCUGCUCGUAACUGCAAAUUCUUUCCACUGUCACUGAAAUGGGCAUCUGAAGACGGCAAUCCUCUGGCGUUGAUCGCAUCCUCAUUCAACAUCAAUCUGUGUACAGGCACGAAGAAACUUCUUAGUGAAUGCAGCACUUGGGAAUUAAUGAACAUCACUCCCGAUGAGGUCGUUGAACUGAUAGAUCGACUCUGCGAAGAAUACGGAUGUUCUCCAGAAUACAUACAAGAUAUUUUGAACCCCUACCUGGUUCAAACAACGGGAAGAGGAGUUUUAGAGAAGCAUUUCAAUAUUAGGUGUCCGAUAAGAUAUUUCGUUGGACAAACGCUUCAUUACUCGUGGCCAAAAGCUGCAGGGAUCUCAGGGAUUGGAGAGGAGAAUGUAGUUGCAGUCCCUCUAUCUAUCACAGGUCGCAUUGACACCAACUUACUCGACGUUCAUUUAAGUUACUGUUUGCAGCGCAAACAGGCUGUGUAUGCUGUCGUAGUUAUCAUGGGUUCAACAGAGCAUGGACUGGUUGAUCCACUUUCUUCCAUCAUUCAACUGCGAACCAAGUAUCGCAAACUUGGACUAUCUUUUUUAGUCCAUGCAGACGCUGCAUGGGGAGGUUACUUUGCGACGCUUCUAGUCCCAGUACCCCUCAGCGAAAGUGAUGACUGUCAAGUAGAUGCGUUCGAUCCUGAGUCUUUGAUGUCGCCCUAUGUCAGAGAAGAAUUUUUACACUUACGCUACACUGAUUCUAUCACCAUCGAUCCUCAUAAAUCUGGUUACAUACCCUAUCCCGCUGGUUCUCUUUGUUACCGGAAUGGGAAACUGAAGAACAUGGUGACCAAGUCGGCUUCUUACAUUGUGAGCAGCAUCGACAGCCGUGAUAGCAAAAUGGGCAUCUAUGGGGUGGAGGGGAGUAAACCAGGGGCUGCAGCUAUGGCCGUGUGGUUAUCAAAUGAGACCAUUGGCUUACACAAAGGUGGGUAUGGCAUGAUUCUGGGCGAGUCGAUGUUUACUACCGUCAAGAUGUACAGCCAUUACGUGACGAUGGGUAUGAAAAGUUCUAGACUCAUCGUCGUUCCAUAUAUCAUGUUGCCCAGCGAACAAGAGGGUAAGACACAAAGAGAUAUCAUCGAAGAGAAGAAACAUAUCCUCGAUGCCAUCGUUGGUCGUUCAGAUGACGAAAUCAUGACGAACCCGAAGACACGGGAACUUAUGAGGAAAUUAGGCCCCGAUCUUAUUGUCUUCACGUUCUCAUGUAACUUUAUCUGCGCUGACGGCACAACGAACGAGGACGUUCAGGAAGCGUCCAUCCUGAAUGAGAACAUUUACCAAAGGUUCUCUAUACACAAUCCUACCGAUUCCGCAAAGGACUUUCGAUACUUCAUAGGAUCAUCGACGAUGCAGCAGCGGAAAUAUGGACUAAGCUUAACGAACUUCAAACAGCGACUUGGACUUAUCGGUGAAGAAGAUCUCUUUGUGUUGGAUAAUGUUGCGAUGACACCGUUUCCAAACAACACUGAACGUAUUGCUCUGCUUGUCGAGGAAUUUCGUACGGUCGCAGAAGAUGAAGCAGAGAAAUGCGCCUUGAGAAAUACCGUUACUCCGACGUCACAUGAAUUCGUGGUACAGGGAGAAGACCGAUUGUACCUGGUGUACAAAGCCUGUUUUAACACUGCCAGCUCCCGAUAUCAACAUGUGAUCACCGGAGAUAUACCAAUUACGUCGAAACAGGAGUAUCUUGACAAUAAAAGACGGAUACCUUUCGCAACAUUCACAGCAAGAACCCUGGAGAACAUAGAGAUCACAUCUUUCAUCAACAAAAAUAGUUUUUCCAUUGAGAUCACAUCAACGUCACCCACAGGUACGAUAGCAAUCUUAGAAUGUGAAAUCACCAAUAUCAACACCAUCUACACUUGCCCUCUCUCCCGACGAUAUUUGGAGCCGGAAUAUCCUGAUACGAUGCUGUUCUAUCUCUACGGAACGCCCGCGGAGACAUUUAUAGAACACAUUCUCCUUCGUUCGCCAAACGUGCAGCUUAAUGGACGAGUCGAGAUCGACCUCCCUGGAGUCGACGAGAACAAGCUGAGAGCGGAAUUCGAAAGGGGAUUUAUCAUGAAGACGGACAUACUCGAGCGUGCACGACUUCCUUUCACGCCCUCUCAUCGCCCGACGUUCUUUCAGCCUGGCCUCAAGGCCAAGAUAUCGCUUUUCCACAGAGAUUGCCACAAGUCUCGACUUUCCGACCAUGUCAAGAAUUACUUCGCGAAAGGCACGAUGGUAUUGAAAGAUACAAUAUAUGUGGACUUCGAUCUUCUUAACCGCACCAUGCAUUGAUAUAGCCUACAAGAUUUUUUUCUCCCCUUUUUUCACAUUUCUGCUAUCACACGUGGUGUUUAGAUCUCGUGUAUUUCUUUCACUCCCAUCAAUCCAUGAAACAUAAUGUACAUUAUUGUUAUUAUCUUGCUAGUAUCCAACAAAUCACUUUCUCGGUUUCUUGUAUACACUAUUCUUUGUCCAUUGUACAUCUUUUUGCGCGAAACACAAAUCGGCAACAGGACUAAAUCAGAAACGUACCAGUAGCAAUGCGCAUCUACGUAGCCAUGCAUACACUCCACUUACAUAUCAUCGCCACUCAGAAUACCACCUGCCCAUUUACCCAGAGCACACGCGCCAGCACCUAGGAGGAACGACCAAUCAAAAAGUACGCCAAAUAGCGAAUAUGCAGGCAGCGUGGUGAAGACAUUUGUGCUGUCGUCAGCAGUAGGGAAUUGGCCGUCGUCAGACGAUGGUGGUGGGGUGGUGAAUGGUGGAAACGCGGUACGUAGCUGGACUAGGGUUGAAAGAAGAUAUAUACCCAUGAGCUGUGCUAGAGUUAGGAGCAUGAGAGACGCGGAUAAAUGGCGCGAUGUGAUGCGAAGCGCCCUAGUGACGCCCCGCAGCACAACCCUUACGCUACUCAAGAUGAUG